UUGAGCCGUUACGAAUACACCGUUUACAAAAAACGUUACCUCACGAAUGGCCAAGCGUGAGCAUGCGCGCGGUUGCCAGGCAUCACCGUUGCGCCAAACAUUGCAAUUUAAACAUUCACUUGGCUGAAACCCUUCGAUAUGAUUCUCUCGCGCACCAAAUCGGAAUCGGCCAAGGGAAACCGCGGUUCGGCAAGUUCCAGCAGCGGCAAAACGACCGUCGUUCCGAAGUUCGAGGAGUUUCUUCUCAAGCGUGACUACGUAGGGGCGAAAACAGUUUUACAGUGUUCUAAAGAGUACGAUGAAGUGGCCGAUUUACUAAAGCAACUGUGGAUUGCGUUUUGCGACUUCCAUAUUGGUGACUACAAAGAUUCCUUACAGCAGUACGAGAAAAUCUACGCAGCAGAUCGGACCCAGAAUGAUGUCGCGUUAAACAUCUGUGUGUGUAUGUUCUACCUAGGAAUGUAUGAAGAGGCACAGAAACUGGUCGAAGAGCUACCGGAAAGUCCUUUGAAAAUUCGCUUGCUGUUCCAUUUGGCUCACAAGCUGGGGGAAGAAGAUCGCCUCAUGGAAUUGCAUGGAUCACUGCGUGAUGUCGUCGAAGAUCAACUAAGCCUGGCAGGAAUGCACUAUCUUCGAGCUCAUUAUCAGGAAGCGAUCGACAUCUACAAGCGAGUGCUGCUGGAUAACAAAGAUUUGCUGGCUUUGAAUGUUUACAUUGCUAUCUGUUACUAUAAGUUAGACUAUUAUGAUAUCUCACAAGAAGUAUUGGAUUUAUACUUGAACCAACAUCCGGACAGUACAAUCGCAAUCAAUUUGAAAGCUUGUAAUCGAUUCCGUCUUUUCAACGGUAGAGCAGCGGAGCAAGAAAUCAAAAACAUCGUCGAUAACGGAACAUUCGGAGCAGACCUGAUAAAACACAACUUGGUGGUUUUCUGCAAUGGCGAAGGAGCCCUGCAAGUUCUACCUCAACUUAUCGAUAUUAUCCCGGAAGCUAGACUCAAUCUGGCCAUCCAUUACCUCCGGCGUGGGGAGAUACAGGAAGCACAUCAGCUGAUGAAGGAAGUACAACCUUCGGUUCCACAGGAGUACAUCCUGAAGGGAGUUGUCUAUGCAGCACUGGGUCAAGAAACAGGCUCCAAGGAACACCUGAAGAAUGCUCAACAGUGUCUUCAUCUAGUCGGAGGAUCGGCUUCCGAGUGUGAUACCAUUCCGGGACGACAGAGUAUGGCAUCUGCUUUCUUCUUGUAUGGACAGUUUGAAGAAGUGCUGGUUUAUUUGAAUUCGAUUCGCAGCUAUUUUGUCAACGAUGACGUAUUCAACUACAAUUAUGCUCAAGCAAAAGCCGCAACCGGUUAUUACAAGGAAGCGGAAGAACUUCUGUUGCAGAUUCAUGAUAUAACGAUCAAAACCGAUCACACGUACGCAAUGGUACUAGCGAAAUGUCACAUCCAUGCGGGGCACGCCGACCAAGCUUGGAACAUUUUCCUAACCAAGGACUCGACACCGGAUGCCUUUGCGUUGCUGCAGUUGAUUGCCAACGAUAGCUAUCGGGUUGGUGAAUUUUGGGUCGCGGCCAAAGCAUUCGAUACGCUUGAGAAAUUGGACCCCAAUCCGGAGUAUUGGGAAGGCAAGCGGGGGGCCUGUGCUGGGGCCGUCCAAGCUAUUCUAGCUAAGCGCUCCAGUGGAGCACCGCCGGGAGGAGUGGCCGAAGUGAUUGCCCUGCUGCGUGACUCCACGAACACUCAGGCGGAAAGCAUGCUACGGACGAUCAGACGAUUCGCGAGUAGUAUCAAAUAAACCUUAUAAACAAAUAAAAUAACCUCUCAGUUCAUUUUCAUGUCAAAUAUAACUGAAUUUCAUUCAAUAAAUCGUUUACAUCUUUUGAAGGUCA